UGAAACUGUCGCUCACAAAUGUCAGAAUUUCCUCGUGCACAAAACAAAAUAACGAAAUCGAGCUGAAAAUAACAAUAUCCGAAGGCAUCCGAUCAAAAUGGUAAAGUCUUCAAACCCCCUUAGCAUUGUGCGCAGCAUCUACAACAAUGAGUUUCAAUGGAUGCUGGUCAAGAGCUACGGACUAUUCUUCUUGGGAGUGCGUUUGGCCAAGGAGUUCGUGGGUGUCGAGCUGAUGCCGUCACUGGGGCCAGCCUAAGAGUACUACCAUCAUUUAAAAAUUCCAAAACGGCAAUUAAAGAUAAAUAAGUAUAAAAUAAGAAGAGGUA